UCAUAUUUGUGGUUCCGGUCCUGCGAUUAGGAUGUCCCACGCAAAUAAUUUCUUCACAAGUGAAUUUAUUAAAGACGAAUUUGGUCAUAGCUACAGUCCUAAUUUAAAUGCUUUAAUAAAAUAUGAACCUAGCGAGCAUAAUUUUUUGGAUUGUGAACAGAAAAGAAAAAUCGACCUCGUAGAGCAACAAGAACAUGAUGCCUGCAUUGGUGAAGCUGAAAUUUUAAGUGUAAAACAAGAAAAUUCUUUUGCCAUUGAAUAUGGAAGCUCAGUAGAGUACUGCAAAGUGGAACAUGAUACUACAAAAGAAAAUUCUUUGUGUUCAAAAGAUACAGCAGUUCCACAAUGUGAAGAAACUAAACCAGUUUCGAUUGGGCGACUAGUCCCUAACCUAACAUGGUUAAAAUGUAGUUUAUGCGCUUUUAAAACGAGUAAGGAAUCACUUUUUCACAGACAUGUCGAAACUCACGCAGGUCUGGCAACCCAGAAAACAUUUACAUGUGAGCAAUGUGGGUACCAGACAAUUUACGAAGCAAACCUUAAAAGACACAUUUUGCGCCACAAACACAUUGGAAAAGCGGAAUUGUUUCAGUGCAACAUGUGCCCAUAUGAAGCAAAUCUCAAGGAGAGAUUACAUGAUCACAUUGUAAAUGUUCACUCCAAGAAACAGAGAGAUCUUUAUAUUUGCAGUCAGUGCAAUUACAAAACUCCUUAUUGUGCAAACUUCAAGAGGCAUUGUCAUAGUCAUUCAGUGUUGUGUAAAUGUGAUUUCUGCCCUUUUCAGACGAAUUUUAAGUACAAAUUAGCUAAACACUGCAAAACUCACAAGGAGUAUGUAGCCUUGGAGAACCACGAUGUAAAAAAUCGAUUCCAAUGUGAAGUGUGUAAUAAGAAACUGCGUUCUAAAGCCACAUUGACAAAUCAUCAAAAAGUUCAUAAUGAAUUAGAUGCGAAUGAUAUUUACAAAUGCGAGGAGUGUGAAUUCCAAACUAUCUACAAACACUCCUUGAGGGGACAUUACAGGGUGACACACGCAACAAAUUUCACUUACAGCUGCGAUAUAUGUCCCUACAAGGGCAAUUCAAAUGAGAGAUUAAAACAACACAAGAAACGGCACAUGAAAAUACAUGAAGUGAAGAUGUUACGGUGUGAUAUUUGUGAUUACUCGACGGUAGAUAAGUCAAAUAUGAAUAGGCACUCGUUAGUGCAUAGAAAGGACGAUUUAGUACCUAUGUAUGAAUGUUAUAUUUGUUCACUAAAGACGAAAUACAAGAAAAAUUUGGUUGCCCACAUUAAGAAACAUGCAAUUAAAACCGAAAUAAUGGACAACUGAACUAAUAUCAAU